AUGGACUCUGAACCUAAUCAAACUAGCUGGACUAGAGAAGCUGACAAGCUUCUGAAGUUUCGGGACCAGAAAGUUAGCGAGCUCGAUGAAGAAGAUCUAACAUUGAAGCGACUAAUCAUAGAACGAAGAAUUAGGAAAGCUGCUAAGGAACAUAUACAGGAUGAAACCGCUUUCCAUCGCGGUAGAAUUGACUUGGUAAGUGCUGGUUAUUUGACGGCGAUGUGUAUGGACUAUGGGGAGCUAAAAACUGCUGGAGUUGCAUACAAAGCUGAAAGCGAGACAACGAAUCAAGUGGUGGUUGAUGCUGAGCAUAUAUCAGACGGGGACAAGUACGAUAGUCCUGAACGCCAGGACGCUACGAUGGAACUAUUGGUUUCUAAAGAGCUGAAUAAUGAUAGAGGCAGCAAUGCAGUAUACCAUGUCUCGAAAGAACAGAGGCUUCUGGCAAGUGCUCGCAAGAACGCAGAGUUGGUCAAGUCCAUGCUAAACGAAAGCUGCAUUGAGAGCUCUCGACAAGACCUUAUCCAAGAUCCAGAGGAGAAGGGAACCACGAAUGCAAGCUAUGCUUCACCUGACAGCCUGUCACACAAGAAAUACAAUAAUAAUGCAAAUCAAGCUUCACACAAUGAUCUGAAUGCAACACAUUCGUCAACUGCAUCAGCUUCAACGGAGCCUUACAACCACUAUGACAACUUGAUAUUGAACAAUAAUGAUGUGAUGAAGCCCUAUCAACCUUUGCUGCCUUUUGACCUUGCACACUCAAAUCCAGCUAUUCUGCACAGCACUCUACCUAUCAAGACAUCUACUGGUGGUAUCAAGAAGACUAGGUCAGGCACGCUGUCACCACGAACUUCACAACCCAAUCCUCCUCCGCAGAGAGGAAGCAGAUCCAAAACACCUAAAGCUUUGCGUAAAAUGGAGGACGUGGCUCGUAAGCACAGCCUUUAA